AUGCUGUAACACACUGAGGGGUCAAAAGUCCUCAGCAGCGUUUUCUUUUGGUUCCCGCCUCUUUCUUUCUUCUUCGUUGUUCCUCUCAGUCACUCUUUCUCUCUCGCCUCUGCCUCUCUCACUCUCUCAGACUCUCUCCAGAUUUCACACGAAUCACGAUCUCUCAAUCACUCUCUCUCUCUCUCUCUCUCACCCGCUCUCUCUAAGUCACUCAGUCUCUCUCUCAACCGCUCUCGCUCGCCUCUGCCUCUCUCAGUCUCUGGUCUCUGCCUCUGUCCGUUCUUCCUCUCAGUCACUCUCUCAGCCACUAUCGCUCUCUCUCACCCGCUCUCUCUUAGUCAUCAAAGGUCUCCCUCUCUCGAUUUUUGUUGGUUUGAGAAUUGAUUUGAAGGCAAAGUUUUUCCAGAUUGGCUUGCUGGCUGUGUUUAUUUCUGGGAAUCAAAAAUUCUGGCUGGAAUUGAUUUUGAAGGCUAAGGAAAGGAUUGGCUUGCUGGCUGUGUUUAUUUCUGAGAGCAGGACAUCGAACAGAGAGAGCAAGUGCACCUCUGUCCACGGCGCAGAAGAGAGAGAGAGAGAGUUGCUAUUGUUGGAAACUAAGGCUGAUAAUUUUUUUCAAUUAUGCUUGAAUUUGUUGAUAUUUAACAUUGCAUUCUUUGCCCAAAAUCUGCGACUUUAAUCUGUGCAUACUUGAUUUUGGAAUAUAAUUUAGAAGACAACCCAAAUGUUCUACCUCAGCCGAAUUGAGCACACUCUGCGGCUGCCUCCUCAUCUUCUUAGCCUUCGUCUAGAAGAUGCAGAGGGAGAGCUUGAGAAGCUUUUCUUAGAUAAGGUUAUCGCGAACUUGGGACUUUGCAUUUCUGUGCAUAGUAUCCAAUCCAUUAAAGAUGGCUUUAUCUUACCUAAUGAUGGUCAUCCAACUUUUAGGGUGGAGUUCACACUGAUUAUGUUUCGUCCAUUUGUGGGAGAGAUAAUUGUUGCAAAACUUAAAGAAUCUACUGCAAAUGGUUUACGUCUGUCCCUUGAAUUUUUCGAUGAUAUUUAUGUACCUGUUCAUCUUUUGCCUGUUCCAUCCCAUUCCGUGACUGACCCAGGAAAGAGGGAUAGAGUCAUGCGUAUAUGGAAGUUUCCUGAUUCAGAUGAAGAACUUGUUAUUGAUGGGAUAGACGAGAUAAAAUUCCAAGUUCACAGUGUGAACUUUCCUCCAAUUCCAAUUGCGCAGCCAGAAGACUCAAAACCAUUUGCCCCUAUGGUGGUUACAGGAUCAAUUGAUUUUGACGGUUUGGGCCUUGUUUCGUGGUGGGUGGAUGCAGAAGAUAAGGAUGAAGAACCUGAAGAUCCUUAAGCUGACAGACCUUCAGCAAAGGGGAGCUGCUUCUAUCAUGUUUCUCAUGAAUGUGUUUGAAGGCAUGGAUACAUAAACUAUUGUAGUUCAAAUUAGCUUGGUGGGAAGGUGGACAAACUUUAGUGGUGUAGGGGGGUUAAGACUAUUUGUAUGAAUUCCAUUGUGAAUCAGCUUAGCUUGAGCUUUGAGGGUUAGUGGUUUUGACCUGCUGCCCCAUUUGCAAUAUCUUGGGGAAACUGCUACUUGCACAUAUCUAAAUGUAAUUCUAGCUUCAAAGUGUUUUCUUCGAGUGUAGAAUUAUGAAAGCACUUGAUAGAAGAAAUGGACUUGUUUUUUUAUUUA